CACAGGGUUUCAGUCUUUAUAUGAAGUGGAGUAAAAUAUACAGCUCUGAGUUCGUUGUUUACUGUACAUCUGAUCCAGUAUGUCUUAUGUAUCAGAGAGCUCUAGUCUCAACAAGACCCUGCGGCAGCAGUAUCUCAGUCUGCCCCAGGGAAACUUCUGUCAGGUCACUUACGUCUGGAUCGAUGGCUCUGGAGAGGGUCUGCGUAACAAGACUCGAACCAUGGAUUCAGAGCCAAAGAGCGUAGCUGACCUACCAGAAUGGAAUUUCGCUGGUUCCAGCACGGGUCAGUCUAAAGGACACAACAGUGACAUGCUACUGAUUCCUGUCUGCAUGUUCAGGGACCCAUUCCUCUUGGACCCGAACAAACUGGUGCUAUGUGAGGUGCUCAAGCACACCCGAGAACCUGCAGAAUCGAACCACCGUAACAGCUGUAACAAGGUCAUGGAGAAGGUCAAAGAGCUUCACCCUUGGUUUGGCAUGGAGCAGGAAUAUACUCUUUUUGGAGUGGAUGGACACCCUUAUAGCUGGCCCAGACUUGGCUUUCCCAAACCACAAGGUUAAAUCCUGUAUCAAGCUGCUGAAAAGGAUUUUUGAAUGCCAAACAUAUUGUAAAAUGUCCCUCCUACCUGGCAGAUGUCACUAAAAUCUGUGCAAUGAGAAACCACACCAGUUCUUUGUAAACACCGAAGAAGAAUCUGGAAGCAGGCUAUGUUCGAUUAGAAAACACUUCCUGUUUGUAAAAAAAAAUUGCAUGUUUUGGUUGGCUGACAGGGCUUAGGAUUUUGGCAAGAUGUGUGGUUGAAGAGCAGUGGAAUAUAAGAAAACAAUCACU